UAUUAUGCAUACAUUUAACGUUAAAUAAUGCUUUUGAAUCAAGAAAUUUGUAAUCAAUUAUUGGCUAAUCCUUGGUAUGAUAUGAUGGACACAAUGGGCAGUAAUGGUGUUAUGAAUCUGUCUUCACGUACUACCAGUGCUACACAAAAAAGGCCAUACGAUAGUACCGAUAGCACCGGUAGUGGUAUAUCCAAUGGUGGUAGGUCAUCGGUACCGACUACUACUACCAAUACAACAACUGCCAGCAGCGGCACCGGUAGCCUAACACGUGAACAGAGGGAACAGUUAGCCCAGAGUUGUCUGAAUCUAUCCAUUGGUGAUCACGAAUCAGUGGAUCAUCUAAUGUCAAAGCGGGCACGACUUGGCCUACUUAGUGACCAUCAGCUGUCAAAUCAUAUGCGAGGAGACCAUAGCAACAACAACAACAGCGGUGGUAACGGUGCCGGCGGUGGUGGCCAACGAUCGCCAUCGCCGCCCCUAUCGUCGGCCACACAUGCCGGCCACCUAAUGGGCGAACUGUUGGCCAGUCUAUCGGUGGCCAACGGCGGCCGAUUGUCGCCCAAUUCGAUGGCACUGAUGUCUACACAGUUGCAAAUGCAUCAUCUAUUACAGUCACAUGUGCUCACACCUACACAGUUGCAGCAACUGCUUCAACAACAACUACUUCACCAAAAGGGAGCCGACCAGCUACAGGAGCAAUUACAUAUGAACAUUGUACAACAGGGCCAACUGUAUCAUCAGUUAACCUCAAAUAGUUCACUUCAACCAUAUUUAUCGGAAAUAUGGAAAUCAAUGCCUCAAUCGGCGGCCGCGGCCGUCAAUCAACAACAACAACUGUCACCUACGGGACAGCCGCCGACACCAAUCGGACAGUUACCGUUGCCGAUGAUGACCAGCGAGGAACUGAUCGGCAGUUUGCUAUUGUCGGGUAAGGCUGGUGGCGGCGGUGUCGGUGGCCUCAACGGUAUGUCAUCUGCGGCGGCAGCACUUACGGCCAAUAUGGCGGCCGCCAAUAGCGCCUAUAUGAACGGUGACGGUAUCGGUUUGGGUAACGGUCAUCAUCACAGUAGUUUGGCUGCGGUAGCGGCGGCCGAAAGUCUACAAGCGGUACUCUACGGUCAUAAUAUGUGCAAAUGGCCGGGCUGUGAACAGGUAUGCGACGAUUAUGGCCAGUUUGUCAAACAUUUGAAUAUGGAGCACGGGCUGGAUGAUAGAAGUACUGCCCAGGCCAGAGUUCAGAUGCAAGUCGUCCAACAAUUGGAGCAACACUUGGAACGGGAAAAGGAUAGGUUGGCCGCAAUGAUGCAACACUUGCACAACAAACACCGGGCCCAGCAGUCAUCGACAUCAUCGACACCUCCCUCCACCACCACCUCAAGUAUACGACUGGCCCCACAAUUGCCGGCCGAAUUCAAGCAUCUGCUACACCAGCACAGCACCAGCGACGGCGGCCGUGACAGCCGAGACAGUAUAGGUUUGUCAAUCAAACCGGAUGAUCUAAUGAUGGACAGACAGUCGUACAGUUUGCGUGGCGGCAAUCAUACAUCAAACGGCGGUCGUCUAUCGCCGCACGGCUGUAUGUCGUCGCCAUCGCCGCCACCGCCGCCGCAAUCGAUGCCGCUAUCGAUGACGUCGUCGUCKACUGUAUUACCGCCAGCACACCAUCACAACAGCCAUCAUCAUCACCAGCACAUGUCGCUGAUGUCGGUAGUCGACGAUCUACACCAACAACACCAUCACCUCAACCACAACAACAACGGCGUCGGCAGCGGCGGUGGCGUUGUUGCCGCCAAAGUAGUCAAUCGUAAGACAUCGAUGAUUACGCCGCCGCCCACUGCAUCGCGACCGCCACCAAUGGAUACGUCGCCGCCGCUGAUGAUCGGCGCAGCCGUUAUUACCAGUGCUGCCAAUGCUGGCACUACUGGUACUGGCAGUGGUCGCGGAGGCGGUGGCCGUCGACGUUUGAGCGACAAAUCGGGUACCACUACUACUACUAGUAGUAGUAAUUCGCUACCGAAACCGUUGGUAUUGAACGGCGGUAUUAUUAACGGCGGCGUUGGUCACGAUGACGGCGGCGAUCUGUCUAUGUUUGGCUACUGCGGCGGAUCGUUGCCCGACUCGCCCGCCCGCCGGCGUAUAGCCGAACGCAGCAAUCUGGACAUUACCGAAGAGAUUACCCGAAACCGGGAAUUCUAUAAGAAUGCCGAAGUCAGGCCACCGUUUACUUAUGCGUCGCUUAUCCGACAGGCCAUCAUCGAGUCAUCAGAUAAACAGCUGACUCUAAACGAAAUAUACAAUUGGUUUCAAAAUACUUUCUGCUAUUUUCGCCGAAAUGCCGCCACUUGGAAGAAUGCCGUACGACAUAACCUAUCGUUGCACAAGUGUUUUAUGCGUGUGGAGAAUGUCAAGGGCGCCGUCUGGACAGUGGAUGAAAUGGAGUUUUAUAAGCGCCGUCCGCAGCGACUACAGGAGCGCAUAUCAUCGGGUGGUUCGUCGGGUGGCGACAAUAAAAACGGCGGCACCGGCGAUGACGAGUUCAAUACGAGCUACUGGAGUGCCGACGAAAUGGAUUUGACUGUCGGCGGUCCGACCAAACCGCCGAAAACAGCGGCCACCAAAAAGUCUAUACCCCGUGGCCGACCAAAACGGUCGUCGCAGGCGGCGGCGGCAGCCGCCCAGGCCAAGUUGGACUCGGCCGGCGGAGUCAAUAUUAAUCGCUCGAUAUCGUUGACCAGUGGCGGCUCAUUGACCGAAUCAUCGGCAGCCCAUAUGGCGCUGAUGGACCUGACCUGCGGCGGUGGUGCCAACAGUGCACCAAACAGUGCCGGCAUUAUUGGCUACGGCGGUAGCGGUGUCGGUGGUAGUGGUGGUGACCACUCGCUAAACGUAUCGCUACAGGCGCUUACCGAACAUUCGCUGGCCGGCGGCGUCGGUAUCGGCGGUGGUUUACCACCGUUUCUCAGAGGACUAACUACUACAGCCACUGGUGUAGUCGGUCGGCUAUCGGGUACACCGUCGCCGACAACACUGUCCCGAUCGCCGCCACUGUCGUCGUCGGCGACGGCGGCGGCAGUUAUCAGACGUUUCAGUGCCGAAGAUGAUGAAGAAGACGACGAGUUUGAAGACGACGACGAAGAAGAAGAAGAUAACGACUAUUAUGACGACGAUAUGAUGGAUGAAGGACUGGAUCUGUCUGUUAGGCCGUCAUCGGUGGCCAACAGUCGCCGAAAUAGUAGCGAUAAUAAUAGUAAUAAUAAUUUGUUGUUGAAAAAUGGUUAUAAAAUUAGCGCCGAUUCCUAUAAUAAUAGUAAUAAUAGUAGUAAUAAUAAUUCAAUUAAAAAUAGUUAUAAUAAUAAUAAUACUAAUAAUAAUUUAAUUAUUAGUAGAGACAAUAGUAAUAGUAGUAAUACUAGUAUUAAUAGUAAUGAUAACAAUGAUGAUAAUGAUGUCGAUGUCGAUGAUGUCGAUGAUGUCAACGAUGAUAAUAAUUUAUAUUACGAAAAUGGCAAUCAAUAUAUCUAUGUAUGCGGUCUAUGGUUGGCCAGAUUAUUGGCAAAAUGGUUGUCACGGUUUUGUACGAUUAAAUUACAACAGUUUCACAGUUAUCGUAGUCAUGGCGGAGCUUUGAAUCUAUUUAAAUACAAUUUUAGCGAUAUAGCAUUGACAGGUAUCGUACAAACCAGUAAUCAAACGGAUCUAAUAGGGUUUACACCACCGCAUCGGAUAAGCUAUCAGUUGUCAAUAGUAUCUCUGGAAACCUACCGAAGCUAUUCAAACCUGAAUGUAUUUAACGGUUUGGAUCGUAAUAUUUGGCUAAUGUUUUUCAUAUUUGCGGGUAUUUUGGCCGCUAUUUGUACAGUUAGACUGUUUAUCAAUGAUAAUAAUAAUAAUAAUAAUAAUAAUAAUGAUAACCUUGAUGCUAAAAAUCAUGAUCACCAUGAUCAGUUUAUUAAUAAACUAGUAGCCAGGUACACUAAAGAGUGUCUAGCUAAUUUGGAACCAUUCUAUACGGAUGUUUCAGUCCUAGUACUGUGGGUGUGCACGUGCAGACUGUUGCACGUUGCGUGCGAGGGUACCAUUUUGGCCAAUAUUGUCGACAUUAGGAGGCAUACGAUCGAGACGUUCGCCGAUAUUAACGCACGUGGACUGACUGCCUAUGCUGUAGGCGAUGCCUAUGUGGCCGAUCAUGCGUCAAAACUAGUGAAAAAAAUCAAAUUCAUAUUCAAUGGCGACCCGACCCGGGAUAACAUAACCGACCAAUUGAUUGCCGGCACACAUGUACUACUCUACCGGGAGGACGAUGCCAUUGAAUACGUCCAGGCGUUACGACGUCGUUACGCUAUACCCUUGCAUAUUGGACGGGAAAAACAUGACUUCCUAUUGGUUGGCUAUGUCUACAAUAAGCUAACUGUCCGCCAGAGAGAACAGCGUAUAAUUAAUAAAUUAAUUAGAACAAUCCUGGAAUCAGGUAUUCCUGACGCCUAUAGACGUGUCCGUCACUAUAAAACCCGUCACAAAAUACAAUUAGAUUUACUUAAUAGCAAUAAUAAUAAUAAUAAUGACUAUACUAGCGGUUUAUCGGGUGGUGGUGGCGGUGGCGGUGGUCAACAUCAUCGGCCGCUGACCGCACACGACAUGUUUGUUGCCUUCAAUUAUCUGCUAAUCUGUCUAAUGUGUCAUAUCAUAAAAUCGGUUAUAUAA